CCAGGAGGACACGGGAGGGCCCGGUCCGCCUGAGACCCCACCGGCCACCUCCUCCUCUCCCCGCCUCCCAAGCCACAAGCAGCCAAGCCAAGCCAGUGCGGUCCUGUCCCGUGGUUUGACUGACCGAAGCGGCCAGGCCAACCGGCAGCGAGCCAGACACCACCGCACCAGCCAUGCUCGCCCGCCGCCGUGGGUGAGGCGAGGCGCUGCCGGGCUGGGCCCUUCCGAGACGACGUCCCCCGCGCGCGCCGCCGACAUGGAUCCAGCGUCCGAGGAGCUCGAGCGCCGCAGCCGCUACCUCAGCUCGCUCAUCCGCCGCACCAAGCUCGGCGCCUCCCCGGCCCCCGCGCCCCCUCCUCUUCCCGAACCGGAGCCCGUGGCGGCGGCACCGAACCCGGAGCCGGAGCCGGAGCCGGAGCCCGCCGUCGGGAAGCGCGGGGAGGCCAAGCCGGCGCUGGCGGCGGUGGAGGAGGAGAAGGAGAAGCGGGAGGUCAGAGGGGAGGGCGGCGACGCGAAGGGGAAAGAGGUCAAAGGGAAGGUGGUUGAGGGGGCUCUGAAGGGGGAGGAGGGUGGCAGGAAGGUGGCGGUGCGGGUGCGGGCGGCCGACAUGCCCCUGCCGCUGCAGCGUCGCGCCGUCCGGCUCGCCUACGAGGCCAUCGCCGCCAUGCCGCGCCUCGACAGCAAGCGCCUCGCGCUCGCGCUCAAGAAGGAAUUUGACACAGCAUAUGGCCCUGCUUGGCAUUGCAUUGUUGGAACAAGCUUUGGUUCCUAUGUGACUCACUCUUUAGGAGGUUUCUUGUACUUCUCAGUGGACAAGGCCUAUAUUCUUCUCUUCAGAACCGCUGUUGAGCCAUUAGGCCAUCCAUGAUGAGAGGCUAUGAGCCAGUCUACUAGCUAGUGUACUCUGUAUUCCACAUUUAACUGCAGAAGGUUUGAGAGUAGAACAAUCAUCGCCCUCCAUGCAAAUAUGUAGGAACCAAUCUGUUCAUCUGUUGUAACCAUCUUCAUGUACUAUGCACUAAUCUGCCAUGUGAACCUUAACAUUAGCUUUCGGGCUGUUACUUGACUCAGUUGUUCGGUGCGAGGGAAAUUUUCUUUCGCAUCCUGUAAUGUCCAGUAACCUUGUUCGCUUUGGAAUCAGUAUGAUCUCUGAGCUUGUAACCUGUACCUGUGGUGGUGAACCUGAUUCUGUCAUCGGUUGUACCGUGGUAAUAGAUGCAUCCAGUUAAUAUA